GUAUAUGUAUACUUCCUCUCUCUCUCUCUUUCCCUCCAUAAAUUUUAUUGCAGAAAGAAAGUUAUACAGACAGACACUGUGAGGUGGUGCUUAUUUCCCGCUAAAACAACAAAGAAAUCUCUUUUUCUUUUUCCACCCAUCAACUUGUUCCUACAAAUCAUUGUAUUUGUAACUUUUUUCCACUUUACUCUUAUGUAAUAAUAUUGGUGACUAUUCACUCUCACCCUCUAAAGGCUAAAGCCCCAUAUAAAUCUAGUCACUCCUUAUCACAAGAUCACUCUAUCUCAUCUUCAAAACCAGUUCUUGAUGGCUCUGGUACUCUUAUGAACUUAUCGGAAAGUUUUGACUCUACUUGGAUGAUGGUGUAUUCUUAAUGCUUUUUCUGUACUCUGUUUGGUUCCUUUUGAUAACAAUCUUUUAAAUCAAAGUGUAACUUCAAGCUUCAAUCAGAUUUCUGGUGCACCCAUGACAGGAAAUUCAGUAAUCUCUACCAUGGAUGUACUACCUCCAAUCGUUAAAUUCACCCAACACAUAGUAACUACAAACAAACAUGUUACUGAGAAGAGUGAAAAAUCGGAUUUUCAUAGAGUUGUGAGGAUUAUACUUACAGAUGGUGACGCCACAGAUUCCUCUGACGAUGACGAAGUACACAAUAGUACUACUGUACGGAGAGUUAAGAGGCACGUGACUGAGAUCAACCUCAUGCCAUCACCCAAAUCAACAUGUGACAAAAAACGAAGAUCUGUCUCGCCGGAAAAUGACGUCACUCGCCGGAAAAAGUUUAGAGGCGUUCGUCAAAGACCAUGGGGUCGUUGGGCCGCAGAAAUUCGUGACCCGACCCGGGGAAAACGGGUUUGGUUAGGAACUUAUGAUACACCGGAAGAAGCAGCUACUGUUUAUGAUGAAGCUGCUGUUAAGCUCAAGGGUCCUAACGCCGUUACGAAUUUUCCCGUUUUAUCAACGACGGAGAUAACGGAAACGGAGUCUGUUUCCAAAAGUGAAAACGACGUCGCUUUAUCACCUACUUCAGUUCUCUGUAAUAACGAUUUUGCGCCGUUUGAUAAUUUGGGUUUAUGUGAAGUGGACGCUUUUGGGUUCGAUGUUGAAUCACUUUUCCGGUUGCCGGAUUUUGGGAUGUCGGAGAAAUAUUACGGCGAAGAAUUCGGCGAGUUUGACUUUGACGAUUUUGCCCUUGAAGGUAGAUAGCAUAUAGUCUAUUUUUGCAAAUGGGGUCACUGGUUAGAUGACUUGUGAGUUGUGACGUGACAUUUUUUGGCGGGAGUAUAUAGUGAUUAUUAGCAGCCUAUUAAGACGGCGACUUUCUGAGAUAUUUUUGUACUUUUUAUGUUACUCGUGGGUCAAUUUUGUAAUAUGAAAAUUUUGUAUGGAGAGAUUUAGUAGAUAAUUAAAGAUUAAGAAGGGUGGGUGGGGGAGGGAUGUGUGUGUUUUUGCGUCAAGGUGUAUUUUAAGAUAAAAACAAGAGAGGAUUUUAUAUUAUUACAACUAAAGCAAGAAAGAAUUAUAUAUAUCUCUAAUUUGUUAAAA